UAGGGACAAGGGAGUCGUGACUUGGGAGAGCGUCCACUGCCAUCGAAGUACAAGGAAACGGAUAGUGCUAGCUCUUGCUUCUCGUAGAAUUUUUUCUUUAAGUGGUAUGUAAAUUUAUCAAAAUUGCAUUUCAUUUACGAUCAUGUGUGAUUACUAGUAUCAGCAAAUAUAUGGACAAUACAACGUGUAUUAAUGAAUGUGAAAAGUGUUGGAAAAUUCGAGUUUUCAUGUUCGAACGCGACGUACUAUCGUAUUGCCUCCAUUUUGCAAUUGACGUUCGUGGAGGGAAUCGCUUCAUGAUCCUUUCUCGGAAGUGACGCUUUCGAUUUGUUUCAUGAGUGAAUAAUGGCACGUACUAAGCAGACAGCUCGUAAAUCAACUGGAGGUAAAGCACCUCGUAAACAACUAGCCACAAAGGCAGCACGUAAGAGUGCACCAUCUACUGGUGGUGUGAAAAAACCACAUCGAUAUAGACCUGGUACAGUAGCUCUUCGAGAAAUCAGAAGAUAUCAAAAAUCAACAGAAUUGUUAAUCAGGAAAUUACCUUUUCAAAGAUUGGUUCGUGAAAUUGCACAGGAUUUUAAAACUGAUCUUCGUUUCCAAAGUGCUGCAAUUGGAGCUUUACAAGAAGCUUCAGAAGCAUAUUUGGUUGGUUUAUUUGAAGACACAAAUUUGUGCGCUAUUCACGCGAAACGUGUUACAAUCAUGCCCAAGGAUAUCCAGUUGGCCCGACGAAUUCGUGGCGAGCGUGCUUAAACAAUAUGUAACUCCCAUACAUACCAUUUAUUACUAUUAUUAUCAUUCGUAACAAUCAUGGAUGAAACAUUUUCAUUCCAAACUACAUAUUAUGUUGUACUCCAUAAUAAUGUAUGAGUUAUGACAUGAUCAUCCUUUAUAACAUGUAUUUAAAAUUCAGAUUUCUGGAAAAUUGAUACAAGAAUUGGUUCAACUGUUUUUGAUAUAGAUAGUUUUCGUCUUUUGGUAUUAUUAUACAAAAAUAGACUAUAUAUUAUUUCUCAAAAAUUAUCAAUUAUAAUUGCUAAUUUCUUAAUUUCAUUUUUCGUCAUUUUACAUUUUACAGAGUAAGAAUACUUAUAAAAAGAAACCUAAAAUCGGAAGUUAAAUAAUCGUGAUAAAAGACAAUUGUUAAUUCUUCUAAAAGUACUUUUAAGAUUGAAUAAGAUCGAAAAUGUUUAGUUUCUCAUUACAAUUCUAUUAUAUUCAUCAUCCUUAUCAUUAUUGAUACAAUACAUAGUGAAAUGUACAUUAGAGAAUAAGGCACUUUUUUUGUAGGAACAGUAUGUUCAAUGUAGUGUUUAUCAUAUUAGAACUCUGGUUGUAUGAAAAUUACGUAAGAUAUUUCAAUCAGUCAAGUAUUCAUUGUUCGUGUAAAGAUAAACGUUUCUUAAAUAAAUCUUCAAAAUAAUAUUAA